UAAUGCAUGGAGUUUCACAUCCGACAGCAAAAGCUUUUGUUACUUUAUGCCCCAUGGAAGGUCCUUAGUUUUCUCUCUCUUCAUCUCAAAGUUUCACUCUCACUCUUCUUCUUCUUCUUCUUCAUCCUUUCUGAUCUGUGCUGUUUUUUCAGGGUACAACAAAAUUGGGUGCUUUCGGUUAAACUGUGAUGUCUCCGCCAGUGCUGAGCAUAGGGGAGGAGGAGGGUAAAAGCAAUGUCACUUUGUUGGUUUCCUCAUCAACCACCAUGGAAAGUGUGUGUCUCAAGAGCUUAGAAUUUAAAGAGCGCAACUACAUGGGAUUAUCUGAUUGUUCUUCUGUGGACAGCUCGGUUCCGUCCUUCUCUGAAGAGACUAAAAGUAAUCUGAACCUGAAAGCCACUGAACUCAGGCUCGGGCUUCCAGGAUCACAGUCUCCUGAUAGAGAUUCUGAUCUUUGCUUAAGAAGCUCAACUCAAUUUGAUGAAAAAACUUUGUUUCCGUUGCGUCCUUUGACUGAUGAUCACCAUUCUUCAGCCAAGACUGCUGUUUUGGGAAACAAAAGAGGGUUCUCUGAUGCCAUGAACGGCUUCUCCUCAGAGGGGAAAUUCCUAGUUGAUUCGGAGGCCGCCAAUCCGAUACUGUCUCCCAGGCCUGCUUCUAACUUGGGAUUAAAACCUGGUUCUACACUUGAGAAGGUUGGAGUUCAGCAAACCAAAAUGAAAGAAGUAGCAACAACAAAGGCCAAUGAAGCUAGACCCACUAUUGAUGGUUCUGCAAAUAAUAAUAACAGUGCACCAGCUACCAAGGCUCAGGUUGUGGGAUGGCCUCCUAUAAGAUCAUUCCGGAAAAAUUCAUUGGCUACCACUUCAAAGAACAAUGAAGAAGUUGAUGGAAAAGUGGGGGUUGGUGCACUGUUUGUCAAGGUCAGUAUGGAUGGUGCUCCCUAUUUAAGGAAAGUAGACUUGAAGAAUUACUCUACAUAUCCAGAAUUAUCUUCUGCUCUAGAAAAGAUGUUCAGCUGUUUUACUAUGAGUAAAUGUGGAUCUCAUGGAAUUCUGGGCAGGGAGAUGCUGAAUGAAACCAAGCUGAAGGACCUUCUUCAUGGAUCAGAAUAUGUUCUUACAUAUGAGGACAGAGAGGGCGAUUGGAUGCUUGUGGGUGAUGUUCCCUGGGAGAUGUUUAUUGAAACAUGCAAGAGGCUGAGGAUCAUGAAGAGUUCUGAUGCCAUUGGUCUAGCUCCCAGGGCUGUUGAAAAAUGUAAGAGCAGAACCUAGGCAGUACCAGUGUUCCUCUUCGAACAUGGUGUAUUGGAAGCGAGAACUGAAGGCAUAUGGGACUGGAUAGAAUCUCAUACUAAGCUGCCAUAAUCCUUCUAUUGUUUAUUAUGUGUCCGUUUUAUGUUGUCAUGGCGUUUAUGAUUUAGUAAGCUUCUUUUCAAGAUUGUUGUGAUAAAACUUAACAAAACUCUAAGACUUGACUGUGGGAGUAGCUAUAUUUUAUGUACCCGAGUUAAUGUUAUGGUUGAAGGAUCUUUGAUGUGUUAAUUUUGCAGCGUCUCAACGGGGUGUCCUAUGUUUGUGUGAAAGAAAGAAAGAAAAAUGUAUGUCAG